UUUUAGCAUAACUCAUUUACACUGUAAGGCUAGAAACAAUUCUAUUUGACAUCACCCAUCCUUUUAUUUUUAUUUUUAUAUUUGAAAUUACAUUAACAUGAGGUGGGAAGCAUCAAUCUCCAAACUUUGUUUAGUGUUAUAUUUAUUUUUAGUUCCCAAAGCAGAAUUAUUUAAAGGUCAGACUCCAAUCUGACUAGUAAAUCCAGGGUUAAACACCAUAUGCUUAGGACACCUUACACACACACAUACCCUAUUGGAGGGGUGUCAAACUCCAGUCCUUGAGGGCCGCAGGGCCUACUGGUUUUCAUUCCAACUUAAGCUCUCAAUUAACAUAAUUGAUCGAAUUAUUUGUUGAAUUUGACAUAUUUAAUAUUUUUUAAGGUCUUUUACAGUUGAUGGUUUUAAAAAUGCACUUGAUUCAAGGAACACUACCUGUGAAACAUUUUGACGCCUGAAGAGAAGUGUUAAAUGUGUCCAGUUAAUCAAAUAAUUAGACCAAUUAAGUAAUUGAGAACUUGGGUGGAAAGAAAGCCAGAAGAUACUGACACCCCUGCCCUAUUAUGUAGGUGGAGGCCAUGGAACUACCUCCACAUUCACAAGAUGUAAAACCAACGUUCAUGGGACAUGGAAGAGAAUGCAAGUAAGCAUGAAAUCUGUAUGGAGAGAGCAAGUGAAUUACUGGGAGCAGAGCCCAAGAUUGCAGAGGAACCUGAGAGUGCACAGCAGGUUUUCCAGCUGCCCGUUAUAAAUGCCAGCCAGCCCACCCUGGAACACCAAGACUCCUCUGCAGUCCUGCCCAUCACACUGCAAAUAACAGACAAUCCCCCAGCGUGUGAGGAUGUGCCUGAGCAAGCAUCCCAUAGCCAGCCCAACACCAGCAGCCAGUUCCACAUCUUUGAUCAGAAUGGACAGCCUGUUCAGUACGAGCGUAUGAUGAUUGUCACUGGCCAAUCAGAGAAUGGACAGGUCUUCCAUGUGAUUCCAUCCAGCCAGUUAGGAUCAGCGCAGGUGUUGCUACCUCAGGGACAGCUCCUGGAUGUGACAGCUGCACAGAAUUCCUGUGAAGAAAAGACAUCCGUCAGUGAAUUGCAAACAGUUUCCUUGAGUACAAUAACAGACAGCACAAGUGGCUACGUGGCACUCUCCCAGAAUUCCCUUACCCUGCCGAAAAGCACAGCACCCAGCGCUGAUAACUGUUUCGCGGUGCCUCCCAAGCCUCUACCCCCCAACACACCCUCCUGGGCCCGAAGACUCAGGAGCUGUGAGAAAAUUGGUGACUCGUACCGCGGCUACUGUAUGAACGAAGCUGAGCUGGAGGGGGUGCUGACGCUGCACAAGCAGCAGACUCAGAGCGUGUGGGGGACACGGCAGUCUCCCAGCCCGGCCAAACCGGCCACCAGGCUCAUGUGGAAGUCUCAGUACGUGCCCUACGACGGGAUACCCUUUGUGAAUGCAGGCAACAGAGCUAUCGUGAUGGAGUGUCAGUUUGGACCAAGACGGAAAGGACUGCAGCCUAAGAAGACUGUAGAGAAUGAGGUCAACCCAAACCAGCAAUACAAGGCAACCUGUCCAGCAAGGAUUUACAUCAAGAAGGUAAAGAAGUUCCCUGAACACAGAGUGCCAACAGACCCCAAAAUCGACAAGAAAAUUGUCAGACAAGAACAAGAGAAAGCUUUUUUGAAUCUCAGGAAGAGCCUGUGGGAGGCAGGAGGAGUGCUGAGGUAUUAUGUUCAGCUGCCCACUCAAAAGGCCCACCAGUACCAUGACUUGGAGACUGCGUACUUCACUCCGCCCACAACUCAGCUCCCCCUGCCUGUGCCUGAGGAAGAGGAGCCGGAAGAGGAGGAGGAGGAGGUGCCGGGAGAGGACACCAGCUGCGUUCCCUCGCGCCUGCACCCACGAGUGGCUGAGAAGAUCUGUGAGCUGGUCUCUCAGGGAUACGACCAGGUCUACAUGGUCAGGAAACAGCUAAGGAAGUUCGUAGAGCGAAAAAUGUUCAAAGCAGACGAGGUUCCUGAAAGACACAACCUGUGCUACUUUCCAACAGUGAAUGACAUUAAGAAUCAUAUCCACGAGGCACAGAAGGCCCUUCACCAAGAAAAUCCUGAUUAUAAUCCAGAGGCAGCUGAUACAAGGCUUCAGUGGACUACAGACAGUGGAAACCCAUUAACAGAUACAGUGACAUUGACACUUGCUCCAACAACAAUAGAAGAAGCCCCGGUGGAUUCGAUGAUCUCAAAGGCAGGGAAUCUGGAAGUCAGUGACACUCUGUCUCCUGAGGCAGUUCAGCUCCUCAGCUCCUUCUCCUCCCUACAGCCCAAGAUAUUUGCACAGUUACAGGGAAUCCAUCUGCAGCCCACAUUCAAUCCCCCUGAUGGGUUGCCUGCACUGAUGGCAGUGAAUGCCCAGCCCCUCCCAGCAGUCAGCCAGGCUACAGAGAUCCUGGACUCGGGAAGCCUCUCCAACUCCCACCCUCUGCUCCUGAGUCCCACGCAGUUCCUGCAGCCCAGUGCCUCCCUUUCAGAGAAUGUGAUGGCGCCGCCCACCCUGGUCAAUGUGUCCAUCCCUGACCCCAGCCUCCUGGGCAUGGGCCAGCUGGUGGCAGUGUCUGCUGUGGGGGAGAGCUCCAUGGAGGGGGGGAUGCACCAGAUCCUGCUGGAAGACGGGCAAACCAUUCCAGUACACAUUGUGGAUGACCCGGCCAGCAUUGCUCAGAACAACUCAGUCUGCUUGAGCCAGGUAAAAGUGGAAGCUGAUCACAGGAGCAUUUCAGAAGGUGGUAAUGCAACUGGGCACUGACCAGAGACAGACCAGAAGCCUGCCUUACACCACUGGGACUGUCACUAUUAGAAUGUCAGCUAACCUCAUGUAAACCUCUCCAACUCAAGAGCCUUGAAGCCCUGAAUUCACUGUUUCUGUUUGGAACUUUCUGUACAGUUUAAUGGGGCAGCAGGACCAAUGAACAAGAACGGCACUUUUGAAGGGGCAAGUAGUACAAUUUCAAUUCAGCUAUGCAGAGGUCAUUAUCAAGGUUUUUAUUUAUAUAUAUAUAUAUAUAUAUAAUAUGCAUUUGUUAAAAUGUGCUUACAUGGUAAAUUUCAUUAGCAUGUAUUGAUGACAUGAAUAUUUUUUGAACUCAUAACUACUGUAUUAUUUUAUUUUAUUUGACAGACUUAUAAACGCUUGUAUUCAGCGGCACUUUUUAUUUCGCAGCACACUUCACAAAGGUGCUGCUCAAGGUGGGAGGGACAGUACAAUGGACUCCCUAUGUUAUGACCAGAAUUAUCUGAUUGAAUUUUCCAAAUUAAAAGGUGGAGAUCUGCUGACUGUCUCUACAUUGAAAAUGACUGGUCUGGUCUUUCUUGUCAGUUGGUUUGGAAGGAGAGAGGUUACUCUUCUGUACAUUGCUGGGGAGUUUUGAAUCUCCUAACAGAAUAUAGUAAAACAACUUAAAAUAUUGACAUUUAUUUAUUUUGUACAUGUAAUUAAUAAGUUAUUAGGUUAAACUACUGCUGACAACUUAAAUACGUAGGUUAUACCCCACCAAUAAACAAUGAAUUAUCAUAUUGCUAUUUAUCAGAUUUUGUACUUGCUAUAUAGGCGUUUCAUUCUUCUGUCUGCAAUUAACAGUAUAUUUUGGGUUAUAUUUUUAAAUGCACACAUUCCAUAGUGAAAUAGUCAGAUAAUGCUAAAGUCAUAAAAAUACUUUUCCUACGUAAAUGCUCCAAUUGUCAGUAUAGAUGGAAUGUUUUAGCCACCAGCAAACAAAUCUUUGUAUAGAAACAUCCAUCAGUUGAACCAUCUCAGGUUAUUUUUAUCUGACAAUCGGGUUCAACCGGAUGUAGUUCUCUCAGAUCCCAUGUUUGUGAAAAAGAGUAUUUAAGUUGCUUUGAUUUCUCCUAAAGAACUAUGUAUUAUGUGAAACUAGUGUUUUAUUAUUAAUUUCUUGGCCAACGCCCUUAUCCAGGGCGACUUACAAGGUAUCACAUUAUUUUACAUACAAUUACCCAUUUAUACAAUUGGGUUUUUACUGGAGCAAUCUAGGUAAAGUACUUGCUCAAGGGUACAGCAGCAGUGUCCCCCACCUGGGAUUGAACCCACGACCCUCCGGUCAAGAGUCCAGAGCCCUAACCACUACUCCUUUUGUUAUACUUUAUCAAAACCAGGUUUUAUUUAAAUUAUUUUCAGCUGCAAGCAGUAUUUUAUUUUCAUUAACUAGAAAUACCUAUGCAAAAUAAACAUAGAAAGCAGAUGGGAAACAUUAAUUGUAUGUAUUGAUUUAGCAUUCCCUUGUUAUGCAGCUGUUCAACAUCUAUUCUCUACAUGGCAAAUAAAUUUAGGUAAAAUGUUAUUUAUAUUCCAAAGGACAACGCACCCGGCACAACUUUAAUGUUGUGUAGAACAGUGCUUCUCAACUCGUCCUCAGAGACCUGUGUCUUCUGGUUUUCGUUCCAACCGAGCUCUCAAUUACUUAACAGCUUAAUUAGGCCUUUUGAAUUUUUUCAAAAUGUUUUCAGCUCUUACCAACAGCUGGGAGAUUUCAGCUCAACUAUAAAAUGUUAAAAGUAACUUGAAAUCUGCAACUUUUUAGGAGCGGAGAACAAUUAAAAAGGCCUAAUCAAGCUAAUUAGUUCCAUUAAGGGUUUAGUGAAGUAAUUGAGAGCUCAGUUGGAAUGAACACCAAAGACACAGGUGUCCGAGGACAGGGGUUGAGUAGCACUGGUGUAGAACACACAAAAAAUAUUAAAUUAAAAUGUUUAUUAAAGAUGAUUUUCUUGACGGCUAGCUCCUUAUUCUACACACAUGGUUCUCUUCAGAAGUUACAAAGGAGGUACGCACACCAAUAAAGUAGUGAGGUUUACAAGGCAGUGCCAAAAUUAUAUAAAAAGGAGAAAAUAAGCUGCACACUCAAAAAGCAAUCCCUUUAAAAUAAAAAUGUUCUUUUAUUAACCAACGUUUCGGUAUGAGAACCUUCAUCAGGGUAAGGCAACAGACACACGCAGGUGAUUAAUGGAAGUGAUAGGAAGAUAAUUGAAUACCAGUGAUGGUUAAUUACUUACCAAUUAGAUAAUUAUAUAGAUAAAUAUCAUACAUUAAAAUGCAACAUAUAUAAAAUAUAUAUAACAAAAAAACAGAUACUUCAUUUAUUAUUUAAAAAAGUCAAAUAUGAAUUGAAUCAUAUACAUCAAGGAAACAAAACCAAAAUAAUUAAUUUAGUAAUACUGAAAAAAACAUCAUCUAAAUAUCAUGAUUAUAAUAUACAAAUAUAUCAAAAAAACUUUUAAAAUCAAAUUCCACAUUCAUACCAUAAGGAACUAAAGGUUUCAACAGGAUAAAUAGUAUUUCUGCAUCGAAUUGAGCUUCGGUGUUCAGCUAAAUUUCAAGGAACGGUUAGUUUGACCAAAGUAAGCCUUGCCACAAGGGCAGGAGAUCAUAUAAAUCACACCCAUAGUUUUACAACUAAUAAUACCCUUAAUAGGAAUAACCUCACCAGUAAGUGGAUGUUUGAAAGACCGGAAUUUUAAAGUACUGUUGCAUUGUGCACACGAGCCACAUCUACAAUUGCCAUCUGGUAUCAGGGUCAGUAGAUACUGUAUUGCAAUAGGGGGAAAAUCAGCCCUCACUAAAGUAUCUCUUAGAUGUUGUCCUUGUCUAAAAGUUAGUCAAGGUGAGUCCAAGAAUAAUUUAGAAAUAGAGUGAUCAGAUUUUAAAAUAUGCCAAUGUCUUUUGAUUACCCCUUUUUAAUUUCUCUGCACAUUUGGAAUAUUUUGUAAUUAACAACCAGUUUAGUAUUCAUUUUAGAUUUGUCUUAAAAAAAAAAUUCAUCUCAAGAUUUUGAAGAGAUCUUAGUGACGGCAGUAUUAAGAUAUUUGUUUUUAUAAUGUCUAUUUUCAAAUCUGACCCUCAUAUCAGAAAGAUUUUAUUCAAAAACAGACUUGCGUUUACAGUUUCGACUAAUACUGCAGACUGACUAUAAGGUACUGUUGUUUAGGUGUAGUGGGUAAAAACUAUUUGCUCGUAACAAUGUAUUACGAUCAGUAGGUUUUCUGUACAAGGUGGUGUACAGAUAGUCCCCAUCUUUAAUGAUCCAUAGAUCCAAGAAAUUAAUCUGCACAUAAUCAUGUUACAUUGUAAAUUUGAGGUGUUAAUUAGAAUUAAAAAAAAAAAAAAAAAAAAAAAAA